GCCCUGAUAAGGCCUUUAGGAAAUUGUGCAUACAAAGAUGGGUAGUCUAAUAGGGCAUGUAUUACCGGGCAUAGCUUUCCUUGCAUUAGGUUUGUGGCAUCUCUUUAACCACAUCAAACUCUAUUCUCUACAUCCAAACUCCUACAUUUCUUCUGCUUGGUUCCCCACUUCAAAAGUUAGGCACUUGGAGCUUUUCUUGAUCAUGGCAGGAAGCUCCAUCUCCAUUUCCAUGGAGCUUUUCAUUGGUCCUGAGAGACACCAACCCUUUGAUUCUGAUGGAACCAUACCAUCAAAUCAUCUCAAAAACUUUGAGCACUCUUCAAUUUCAAUGCUUUUCUUUGUUUAUGCAACUUUUGCUAUACUUCUUGACAGAUUUAAGCCUAAAUCUCAUCUUGGUCUAACACAACUUCUUGGAGCAGUAGCUUUCGGGCAACAGCUCUUUCUCUUCCAUCUCCACUCAACAGAUCACCAAGGCCUAGAAGGGCAAUAUCAUUUGCUUCUCCAAGCUAUUGUAGUUGUUUCUGUAGUCACCACCCUUAUGGGAAUUGGGCUGCCAAGGAGUUUCUUGGUCAGCUUUGUGAGGUCUGUUAGCAUAUUUUUUCAAGGAGUUUGGUUCAUAGUGAUGGGCUACAUGCUAUGGACACCAGAAUUGCUACCUAGAGGUUGUGAACUUUACAAUGAAGAUGAACACCAUGUGGUUAGAUGUGGCAGCCAACAAGCAUUACAUAGGGCUAAAUCACUUGUAAAUAUUCUAUUCAGCUGCUUCUUAAUUGGUACUGCAAUUUUUGCAGUUUCUUUUUAUAUGGGUAUGGUUGAAAGAUUUGGUACAAGGGAGGAUUACUAUUGUAAAUUACCAAAGGAAUUUGAAGAGAUGCAAGAAGAGGAAGAAGAGUUUUGUGAUGCUGAAUCCCAAAAGGAAAAGAAAUUUGGUGAGUCAAAGGGUGCUUUUGUUCAUAUGGAAGCAAGAAUUGCACCAUUCAAUAUGGAAAGGUAGAAGAUGUGAGAAAAUUGGAGUUAACAUGAUUUCCUCUAAGUUUAAACUCCCUUGCUUGUUGGUAUAUAUGCUGCUUUGUAUAAUCUGUAUUUGUCUGUUAGUAUAUAUAACAUUUGUACGUAUGUGUACAUAUACAUAACUAUACAUAUAAAUAAUUACGAAUAUCGAAAAAAUUAAUUUAAUUUUUAUGAUUGGA